GAUCGUCGCUGCCGUCCGUGUGUGUGAGCUCGAGCGAAGAUUAUAGAGGAGCGCGCGGGGACCGGCGGCCGCAGCAGGGCAGCGGCGACUACAGCAGGGCAGCGCAGAGCGGCUACAGCCUAUUUUGUUGAGUUUGCAUUUGGAUGAAAAUAAUUGUAUGGAUCUUCAAAGUUCCACUAUAAUGGAUGAACAGUGUAACCCAUCGACACCGGUUAUGAACACUGGGACAUCAACUUUUCGAUCUACACAAAAGGAAAAUUUCCCUCCUAAAAAUGCAACAAAACUUUCCAAGGUGUCCUUCCAAACCCCUGCAAGAGAUCCUGUUACCCGCAAAGUGCUGAGUCCACAGCUCACCAACGUUUUGUCUCCGAAGGUUGGUGAAAAUGAACAAAGUUUGUGGAAUACUGAGGCUCCAGGAAGGCUUGAGGAUAAAUGGCAUAAAGAUUCCAGACGUAGUUCCGAAAUGUCUAAUUUGGAAUUUGAAGUACGACUUAAGCAAGUGACAGAGACUAACCGAUCUGCCAAUGAAGUUGGUCCUGGCAACGAGGAGCAAGGUUCAUCUCAUGGAGCUUAUACGCUUGAUCUUGACAUGCUUGAUGUGAUGAAUCCAUUUACAAGUAAUUCAAAAGUCAUGAAUUCGCCAGACCAGAGUGACAACGAACUUGACUCUCGGGAGCAAUGUCUCAAAAUUAUCCCAGUGAAUAAUCAAGUGCUUGCGAAGAAAACUGAGAAAAGGUCAAUAACCCCUCCCUAUAACAUGAACACAGAUCGGAGAAUGAUUAUCUCAAAUGACAUCCUUUUACAAGUAGAAAAUCAAAACAAUGACAUGGACCAGGAUCCCGAGGUGAUCAUAUCACAGGCGCUGUGCAGCUUUGACGUGGAUUGUCCUGAGAAGAUUGAUCCUUGUGGAAAUCAGAUGAAAGUGGAAAUUCCACUGCCUCCUGCAGAACACCUGUCCAAUCUCAACAGCGACAAUACAGACACUGACAGCUCACUCCAAAUGGGAGGGCAAAAUCUUCUUAAUCCUCCAGUACUUGAUAAAGAUCUUGUGUCUGAAACGUCUCAGAAAGAUGUUGCUGAUUCUUUACAACCUUUGAAAUUGGAGAUUGAAUUUGAUGGUGACAGGAAGAAGAAGCCUCCCCCAAGAAAGUUGGGGGAAAGACUUGGAAGCCAGUUACAGCGUAAGAAAUCUGGUGGCACGAAAGAGAGAACCGCACCUAGCAAAAUAAAAAAUGACAAAGAACAGAAGAUUGCACUGGAACAGAGCAAGGAAGUUGGAAAGUUGGAAGAAACUGGCCCUGUGGAUCCCUUGCGAGAGCCAAACCACGAAGUUGCCUGGGACAAACUGGAGGAUCUGAAUGUCAACCCUUUUGGUGGCAUGUCAAAAGUUUGCAAUUCUCCCAGUUCUGUUAUGCUGCCAGCUGCUGACUCUGCACCACAUGCAUUGCCAGAUAAGAAAGAGAAUGGGGAGCCUACUCCAAACAAAUUGGAAGGAUUUCAGAAGCCAGAUAACAUUCCAGGACCAAGCAACUUCAGUGGAAAAACUAAGGAGUUUCAAAAACAACCUGUUAAGAAGAACACUUGCAAGGUUAAACCCAUGGUGGAGGUCUCAGCAAUUCCUUUAUUUCAGGAUUCUCAAGUUUUUGCUGUUGGAGAUGUACUUGAGUCCAGACCUGUAUCCAAUGCUGAAAGAAUUUCUGAUGGGCUAUUACACAUGAGGAAUGUACAAAGUUCACAUGGCAUGGAUAAUCAUUUCAUAGCUGGAUCCUCAGACUUUAUUGAUUGUAUCAUGGAAGGUGACGCUGAAGAAUUCAGGCCAGCUGACCAAAUUCCAGCAUUUAACGAACCAAUUGAAAUUGAUUACCUGGAACAGUUUGGUCAUUCACUGUUUCAUGCGUCUGCUUUGAGGAAGCAGUCUCUGUACCUGAAGUUUGAUCCUUUGCUGAGGGAAAGUCCUGCAAAAGUGUCUGUUAAACCCCUGGAGAAUGAACCUGAUGCAGCAGAGCCAACAACCAGAAUUUCUGACAUUUUAGAUCUUGAACCUGUUCCUGGUGUGCAUCCAGAUGAGGGAAUUGUGGAUAAUGCCUUAGUGCCUGGUCUGUACUCUAUUCUUAAUGAUCCAGUUGCUGAUUUUUUAUCUGCUGUUCCUGCUGAGGGUGCUAUUGUUGAAGUGCUAAAAUACAGCCAAAAAGACUUGGAUGCUGCAAUUCAAGUUGUAAAACGAGAAGCAGAUACUAAAAUCAUGGCUGUAAGACAAGAGCUUGUUCGUCAGGAAGCUUUGACUUUGGAAUGGAAGCAGAAGCACAAGGAAAGCCUUGCACAGUGUGCAGAAAUGAAGAACAUUGUUAAUGAAUAUACAGAUAUGACUUUUCAAAUGAUGGAGGCAUCUGACAAAAAUAAUCAAACGUCCAAGGCUGAGCUAGAGAAAGUAAAUGAGGAGAAGCUGCAGGCCUUAAAGGAACUGAAUUCAGUCGAACUGUCAUUUUCUGAACUGUUUAAACGAUUUGAGAAGCAGAAAGAAGUACUGGAGGGUUACAAAAAGAAUGAAGAGAGUUUAAAGAAAUGUGCUAUGGAUUAUAUGGCAAGGAUUGGGAAGGAAGAACAGAGAUAUCAGGCGCUGAAAGCUCAUGCUGAAGAAAAAUUGAAUCGAGCAAGUGAAGAAAUUGCACUAUUUCGCACUAAAUACAAGGCAGAGGUCGGCGCUCUCCAGGCUCUACAGCGCAAGGAACAAAUGAAAGCCCAUUCCUUGGAAAGCAGUCUCGAAGAUAUGACUAAACAAAAUGCAGAACUAUCAAAGCUCUGUGAUGACCUAAUUUCCAAGAUGGAAAAAAUCUGAUUUCCUUGAUGUAAAUAUCCUGCGUCGACCUCCUGCACUAUUUUUAAAUGUUGUCUUUUGUAUCUGUCUAAAUUACUAAAAAUAAAGUUCAAAUACUUGAAA